AUGCAAGCUCGUCUAUCAUCGGAGGAAAAAACACGUAUUAUAGAGCGCUUAAACCGACGACGCAGUGAGACGGCGGUCGGACUGAGCAAGUUACCUCCAGCCGGGGAUAUGUUGAAACUGCGUUGGGUUGAAGAGUUGGCUCGGGAAGCUGAAAGAUGGGCGAACCAAUGCCGACCUCCAAACACACCAGAAGAACAAGACUUGUGUCGAGAUUUGUAUUCUAUAACUGUUGGUCAAUGCGUCGCUUCCGUUGUGGGCGAAGCGCCAGGCUUACGCCCUGAGACAAUGGUUGAUAUGUGGUUUAUGCAGAACAAAUACUAUAGAGGAAAUGUCACUUCAUAUGUACCGUCGGAAGAUGGCGCUAAUUUCUAUGACGAUUUCGCCCAAAUGAUUUGGUCUCGAACUUAUAUGGUAGGCUGUGGACGGAGCCGAUUUAUGACGGAUUGGCGGGGACGUCUUCGCACUGUAGAGCGCUUGGUAUGCAACUUUGCUCCUCGGGGCCCUGCAGUCUAUAGACCGUUGUGGAGCCCUUCAGACCCGGCCACCGCGUGCCCUCCUCGCGCUAGACCUGACCCAGCUUUACCAGCGCUGUGUAUUUAUCAAAAAGAUACGGAAGAAUUUAUGGAUGAAUAUAGUGUACUUUCACUCGAAGAUAAUUUGUUAUUGGACUCAUUGAUUGAUAUUGAGAGAAAUAAAUCGCUGGAUUAUAUCGGAAGCUUGGAUGAAAUUUAUUUGACGAAACUAGCGAUAAUGACGAUGACACAUAAUGAUUCUCUAGUUCCGUCUCUUCAUUCAGUAGAAAAAAGAGAUAAUAAUAUAUUAGAAUAUAACAAUAGUUCUAUCCCAAGUAAGGGAUUGGAUAACAAUACACCAAGUGUAAGAAUUGUUAAGAAAAAAGUAUAUUUCGUUGGCCGUCCAAAGACUUACAAGGUGGAAGAUUUAAAUGAUGUAAUAAAUGAGAAUAGAAUAGAAGUAACUACAUCAAGAGAUAAAGAAAUAUAUGACUACUAUGAGUAUAAAGAUUUUGAUGAUUUGAUAGAGACAACUCAGAGUACGAUGACAAUAUAUGAAAAUACGGUUAAAGAAAUGAAAAUAUAUGAGAAAGAAGUUCUCAAUACUACUUAUAUUACUGUAUCUAUUGGUCCAAUAACGAGUACAUUGGAAUCAAUAAACAAUAGUGAAAAUAUAAAUGUUAUUAAUCAAAAUAAAACUGAACUCGGGUCUGUGGAACCAGUGAUCGAAGAUAAUUCAAUAGAUGAUUAUCUCACGGAUGCUGAAACAGCUCGUCAACUGCAAGAAGCCUUGGAGCGUAUGGAACGUAAUUUAGCUACGAGUACAUCUUCAUCUACACGUGGAAAGGUUCGCAGAGAAUUACGCGAUUCAAACGAAAGAGAUGAGGAAUAUAAAGUGGAAACAGAAUCUCCUGCAGAAAUUGAGAAGAAUAAGACCAUAGAUAGAGGUCCGAUGAUCAGCAUGGUGUUAAAAUAUAUGCCGUACUUAAAAACUUAUGAAAAGACAAUUCUAGGAGAACCCACUACCAGCCGAGGCUCUGUAUUAUCUCCCUGUAUAACAUUACAUUUUGUUACGCAUCUAUUGUUUUAUUAG